UUCGUAUUCCACAUUCUAUCUCACAAAAAUAACACAUUGAUUCCCGCAAUACUUAUGCAGGUAUUAUUUAUGAGGAAAACAAUUAAAGGAGCAACCAAAUGUUGUAUUAACUAAUGUUGAUUUUUAAGUGGAAACUAAAUCUCCUGAAAUCUCAACCAAACAUUGUGUAGACUUAUGCUGGUUUUUAUGUGAAAAUUAUAUCUCCCAAAACUUAAACCAAACGACCCCUUAAUUUCUCUCUCCUCUUGCAGGAUAUGAUUGAAAAAUGUGUUGGAGAUAAAAGAUACUCAUGUAAGAGAGGUAAUGACACCUCUUGUUGAUGAUGUUGCAAUCGAUGCCAGUGCAACAUUAGUUGAUUUCAAUAGUUUGUGGGUGAAACAUCAGUACUCCAGGGUGCCUGUUUUUCAGCAACGUAUAGAUAAUAUCGUUGGCAUUGCAUAUGCUAUGGAUCUCCUAGAUUAUGUACAAAAGGGAGAAAUGCGGGAAAGUUCUAUUGUGGGAGAUAUGGCACAUAAACCUGCAUACUUUGUUCCCGAUUCUAUGUCAGUGUGGAACCUUCUUAGAGAGUUCCGGAUCAGAAAGGUACACAUGGCUGUUGUUCUUAAUGAAUAUGGAGGAACAAUUGGAAUUGUAACCCUUGAAGAUGUGGUCGAGGAGAUUGUUGGUGAAAUCUUUGACGAAAAUGAUUCAAAAGAGGAAAUCCAGAAAAAAAAAAAACUGGCUAUAUCGUCAUGCGGGCUGAAGGAAUAUACGAUGUUGAUGCAAACACCUCCAUUGACCAGCUCUCUGAAGAUCUCAAUAUUAAAAUGCCAGAGGACCAUCAGUAUGAGACAGUCUCUGGUUUUGUCUGUGAAGCAUUUGGAUAUAUUCCAAGGACAGGUGAGACGAUUAAGGUUAUACUGGAAAGGGGAAAUGGAGACGGACAACAAUUACAACAGCACAGAAUCUGAUCGAGCAGACCAAAAUGAGAAGAACCAAAAUUUUAAGCUUGAGAUAUUAGCAGGGAAUGCUAGAAAGGUCAGUGCUGUUCGGUUUGAACGGAUAAGCGAUGAUGUAGAAAUAGAGACCAAUGAGGUAACACGCCUCGUUCCCAAAAUUAUGACUAGGAAGCGGAAAAGUAAUGGAGGUUCAGAUCGAAACAAUCACAACGACAUCUCUUUUAUGGAGAGCAGAGAUCAUGAGGAUGACCAUUCCAACAAUUUUGUUAUGGCUGAACGCGAGGACAACCAUGAUAUUGCAAAUAAACAAUAAUUCCAUGAGUUAUUGCAUUCUUUACUUAAAUUUGAAUGUAAAUGCCGGUUCAGUUUUUGAAUGGUGUUCAAGUUCCAUACUGGAAAAGGUUGUUUUGCCCAAGUACUUUUGUCAAGUGUCAGUUGCUAUUAUGCAAUGUCAAUGUCACAUAGUUCGACCUGAUUAUGUUAUCCUUGUGCAUUUAGGGUGAAAGAGGUGUCUUAAGCUGGAUGUAAAGAAUGUAUUUUGCUUAUAGUUUUUGAAUCCCAUACCUAGUCUAGUAUGUUUUUUUUUUUUAAUCCAUAGUAAUCCAUUUCCUUUAUUAUGGUUAAUCGGUUUUUUUUGUGCUUUACAAAUUUAUUUUUUGUUUAUGUUUUUUUUACAAGAGAUUUUUAUUUUCACACGUAAGAGAUUUGAAGGUUCAUUUUCGUCUAUUCAAAUUCUCUAGAUUCUCCAGGCGCCUACUUAAUUUCCUCCAGAUCAAGUUCAUGGUUAUAUGAGGAUGAAGCAUAAAUUAAUGUAAAAAUCCAUUAGAAUUGCACCGAAUGAUACUUUUGAACCCAUAUUGUUAAAUAAUUAUGGAUUUUAACACUAAGAAUAUUUAACAGAUCAAUUGGUUUUGUAGCCUUUUACAAAAUAAUUUUCUGACCUUAUC